AGCCCCCUCGUUCGUCUUCUUCUUGCUCUCGGACUCCCCAAUCCACAUCGAGCGUGUGGGCGACGUCUUGGCGAUAUCAGAUCCGGAGUGGAGGUGGAUCAAGAAUCGAGCGCGGACGGCGGCGAAGUAGGAGGACGAAGGGGAGGGUGCGAGAUCCGCGGCUGCUCCGCCCUCCUCUGCAGCUGAUCGGAUAGGAUGUCGUCGUCCCGGAUCUUCGAGUACUUCGUGGUGUGCGGGAUCGGGCCGGAGAUCCGGUCUCUGGACGGGAACAAGGGCUUCCAGGGGAUGGGGGUCAUGUACAUGCCUUCCCUCCUCGACCAGUACCCUCCCUCCAACCACUCCCUCUAUCCUCCUCCCCCUCCCCAGCUCCCCACGUGUGUGCUGCCAGCAGGGGUUGAAUUCUAUUCUUCGGGGUUUGACUCUAACGAUGUCUCAACAUAUCCGCGUAGCUAUCCAAUAGUGCUAACAGAGGGGGAUGGGUCCAAAAUUUAUGUUAGCUGCAUUGCAUUUCGGGAUCCAGUCUGUGAAGAUAUUGCUGAAGCAUAUCAGGUUCCUACAAAUUCUUCUGCUGAUAAAUGCAUCUGCCUUGUAUCACAUUCACCUAGUUUUCAAGCCCUCCGGGAUGCUUUGGAAGAAUUGUUCGUCCUUUGCUUUUCUCAGGCUGGCUGUAGCAAGGCAUUGUGGGAGAUAAUAGCUUAUAUGGUGUCAAAUGUUCCUUUACCCACACCUGGAAAAGAUAGAGUCUUGUUUGCUAUUGAGAACCAUCUUCUCUCUGUGGAGGCUCCCCCGAAAGAAGGAUUUCCUCAUGCAGAUAUUUCAUUUCAGCCAUUGGUGCAGUGCCUGGAUGUUGAUAACUUGAUUCGGCUUUUUACUGCUGUGUUACUUGAAAGAAGAAUUUUGCUGAGAUCAAAUAAAUAUACACUAUUGACCCUAGUUUCAGAGGCCAUCUGCCAUUUGAUAUAUCCUUUUAGGUGGCAGCAUGUCUAUAUUCCACUUCUUUUCUUCAGUGGGGUGGACUACAUCGAUGCACCUACACCAUACAUGAUGGGACUUCACUCAGGUGUUGACACAUCGGGUCUGACAAUGGAUGGUGUAGUUGUAGUGGAUCUUGAGUACAACCACGUAACUACAUCUGAAGAAAUACCUCCCAUUCCAGAGCCUGAAUUGAGUUUCUUGCGUGGUGAAAUUUUAAAAUUGCUGCAUCCAAAUGUAAUUUGGAUAGACCAGAUGAGGAUCAAUUUUGGUAGUUUGUCUGAGCAAUAUGUUAGAGCUGGCACCAGAUCCUGGGGAGUGGAGCAUGACUUUCAACUUAGGUUGAUAUUCUUAAAAUUUUUUGCAUUACUUCUGAGUGGUUAUCGCAAUUUUAUUGAAAAUACAGCAGCUAAUGUCUUCAAUUUGCAAGCAUUUCUGAAGAAGCGUUCUCGCUCGACUAAUCAACCUGUUGAGUCCAUGUUGAUGGUUACACAAUUUUUAGAGUCUCAAGGUUUUCUGGAUUAUUUGGAGAGAUGUAUCAAUUCAGAAGAAAACAGUAAUAAUCUUCUCGAUAAAUUACAAGAUGCAACAGGGAGGGGUCAAAACCCGCUCACUAUUUUUCCCUCUCAAUUGUCUGAACUUGAGAUCAUCACCAUAGCAGAACCUGAUGGUGGAGUUGCAGGACAAGGUUCGAGAUACUGUUAUAACCGGUUCCCUUCAAACAUUAGAACAGAAGAGCAAGAAGAAAAGCGUCGGUCCAUUUUGGCAAUGGCAAGUGGAGCCCAUUCUGGAAAACACACUCCUAGUUCACCUUCUGUUCUAGUUAAUGGUGAUUCUAAAGCAGAAAGUCUGAGUCCCAGGGAGAGGGCUGCAGAAAGGGAGAGGAUGGUCUUGGACAUAAAAGUAAAGCUGCAGGGAUUGUGGUUGCGUCUUUUAAGGCUUGGAGCAACCGAGGAUCCUCUUUCAUCCUUUGAAUAUGGCACAAUUCUUGCUCUGAUCGAGUCUGAUGCAGAAGGGAUUGGAGGCAGUGGGUUUGUUGAAUGUAUUAGGGAACAUAUUCAUGCGGGAUGGCAAUGCCGUUUAACUGAUGAGCAGUUUAUCGCGGUAAAAGAACUGCUUAAAACAGCAAUCAAUCGUGCUACCUCCCGUAAUGACAUGUCAACCAUCAGAGAUGCACUUGAAGUUUCUGCUGAAAUGUACAGAAAAGAUUCCAAUAAUGUUCCAGAUUAUGUUCAACAUCAUCUUCUAUCUCUAUCCAUUUGGGAUGAGUUACGCUUUUGGGAUGGCUAUUUUGAAUAUUUAAUGGAGCGUUCUUCGAACAAAUUGGCAAAUUAUGUGACUCUUGUGACUGCCCAGCUCAUCAUAAUUACAACCCAUAUGACCGGACUAGGACUUUCUGAUACAGAUUCUUGGAACAUGAUUGAGAAAAUUGCGGAGAAAAACAACCUUGGUUACAAGCAGCUUAUAAAGCUCAGGGCAUUGUCGUCACAUAUACAACAAGUCAGGGUUGGUUAUUGGGGAGUCUCAAUGGGCAAAGUCCAAUCUUUGUCAGCAUAUGGUUUGCCUUCCCCACGCUCACAAGAUGCAUCAGAUGAAAGUCAACAACCUGCUGAGGCCUCUGGUCUGGGCCGGAGUUGGGUGCAAAGCAUGUUUAGCAGGGACAGAAGUAUAAGAGCCAAUUCUUUUAGUCGAGUUCUUGCCAAUGAUAAUACAAAGCCUGGUUCUACUCCCCACAAGGCAGACCUUCCUCCCUCUGGGCAGAAGAAAAUUCAAUCCAGUAUGCGCACACUUAAAGGCCAUGCAGGUGCUGUUACCGCUCUUCACUGUGUAACAAGAAGAGAGGUCUGGGAUCUUAUUGGUGAUCGUGAAGAUGCUGGCUUUUUUAUCAGUGGAAGCACGGACUGCUUGGUUAAAAUUUGGGAUCCUAGCUUGCGUGGUUCAGAACUUAGAGCAACACUAAAAGGACAUACAAGGCCUGUCCGUGCAAUCAGCUCUGACCGUAGUAAAGUGGUAUCAGGAUCAGAUGAUCAGUCUGUUAUAGUUUGGGAUAAGCAAACAUCUCAACUUCUUGAAGAAUUGAAAGGCCAUGAUGCUCCGGUCAGUUGCGUUAGGAUGCUCUCUGGAGAACGUGUCCUUACAGCUGCUCAUGAUGGUACCGUAAAAAUGUGGGAUGUCAGAACUGAUACGUGUGUAGCAACUGUUGGUCGGUGUUCCAGUGCCGUUCUUUGCAUGGAAUAUGAUGACUCUACAGGAAUUUUGGCAGCUGCUGGAAGAGAUGUGGUGGCAAAUAUUUGGGAUAUCCGUGCUGGCAAGCAGAUGCACAAGCUUCUAGGGCACACAAAAUGGAUCCGGUCUAUAAGGAUGGCUGGGGACAUUAUACUUACUGGAAGUGAUGAUUGGACAGCUAGAGUGUGGUCUCUUUCUCGAGGAACAUGUGAUGCCGUUUUAGCAUGUCAUGCUGGUCCAAUUCUCUGCGUUGAAUACUCACCAUCAGAUAAAGGAAUUAUAACUGGCUCUACUGAUGGGCUUGUGCGAUUUUGGGAAAAUGAAGAAGGAGGAAUAAGAUGUGUUAAGAACGUUACAAUUCACUCUACUUCUAUUUUAUCCAUUAAUGCUGGAGAACAUUGGCUGGGCAUUGGUGCAGCUGACAAUUCCAUGUCCCUUUUCCAUCGACCUCAGGAAAGACAUGGUAGUUUCUCCAGCACAGGAUCAAAGAUGGCAGGAUGGCAACUGUACAGAACUCCUCAAAGAACUGUUGCUAUGGUGCGCUGUGUAGCUUCUGAUCUCGAUAGGAAAAGAGUCUGCAGUGGUGGUCGUAAUGGACUUCUUCGUCUUUGGGAAGCCACCAUAAAUAUAUAGCCUUGUCUAAACUCUCCUAGAAAAAUUUGCUAACUGAAUUGUUUCAGCAGUAAGAAAAUUUUGUGUACUUGUACAGAAUACAUGGGUAUUCUUUUAUUCAUGACUAUUAGAUGGAUCAGUUUUUUCCUCUGGUGUAAUUACAGCCAUUUCUGUAUUAUAGUAAGACAAGUCAGUAAUCUGCUUCCAAUGGACUUCUGUUCAGAGGGUUAACAUUUUCCUUUCAGAUUCUUGUUUGGUGAUCAGUGUUUUGAUGUAAAGUCAAUAAUGGGGAUUGUUUUACUGA